UCCACUACCGUAUACAACUAUAAUUCUAUUCUAGUCUCAGUAGUCUCUCAUUCUUUGCUUUCCACUUUCCAGAAAGCCUAAAGAUCUAAACUAUUAACUGAGUGAUUUUAUUCUAAAUGUAUAUGUAUUCAAAUUGAAUAACAAAGUGGUAUUUGAAUUCCUGUUGUUGUUAGUUAAAUUUAUUGAGAUAUUUUAUAAAUUUGAUAUUGUAAAAUUUUAAGUAUGUUAAGUCUAGGUAAAUGUUUUUGUGGUAUAGGUACAAAGAUGAGUCCUAAUUUUGCAAUUGGAAAAAGCUUGCUAUUAAGAUCCAAACAAUUAUCUAUCACUCGUCAACCAUUCAUUCAUAAUACAUCAAUAUCAUCAAAUUUGAAUUUGAAUGUGUGGAAAAAAUCUUUUAGUAAUGUUCAUAAAGUAGAAACCGAUCCAAAAUAUGUUGGUUAUUGGUUUCUUGGUUGCAGUGGAAUGGUUUUUGUAGCUGUUGCAUUGGGUGGAAUCACCAGGCUGACAGAGUCGGGACUAUCUAUGGUUAGUUGGAAACUUUUAGGUGAAAAAUUGCCUUCUACUCAGACUCAGUGGUUGGAAGAAUUCAAUAAAUAUCAACAAUAUCCUGAAUUUAAGAUGAAAAAUUCUACUAUGACUAUUGAAGAGUUCAAAUGGAUAUGGUGGAUGGAGUAUGCACAUAGGACUUGGGGUCGAUGCAUAGGUGCUGCAUUUUUGAUUCCUAUGGCUGGUUUCUGGUUAACUCRUAAAUUCAGUCGUACUACUAAAAUUCAUUCCAUGAUUUGUGCUGUAUUGUUAGCAGGACAAGGUUUGAUGGGAUGGUAUAUGGUUAAAUCUGGUCUAGAAGAUAGAUUUGACAAGCCCGCAGAUGUUCCGAGAGUUUCACAGUAUAGAUUAGCUUCCCAUCUGGGUUUAGCAUUUGUAUUGUAUUCAUUUCUUUUAACAAACUCGUUACGCAUCCUCCUACCAGUUACAGCAACUGGAUUUGUUACUAAAAAGUUUGUGGGACUGGCAAUGGCAGCUAAAGGAUUAGUCUUUUUAACCGCUAUGUCUGGUGCAUUUGUUGCCGGAUUAGAUGCUGGAUUGGUUUAUAAUUCUUUUCCAAAAAUGGGUGACAAAUGGAUACCAGAUGAUAUAUUGCAAAUGGAACCCACACUUAGCAACAUCACAGAAAAUCCUACCACAGUGCAAUUUGACCACAGAAUAUUGGGAAUAAGUACUGUUUCAAUUCUAUCAGCUUUAUAUAUUAUGUCUCGAAAAAGUAAGCUGCCUCCAAGAGCUAAAGCUGCUGCCACUGCUUUAGCAGCAUUUUCAUGGUGCCAAAUGGGAUUAGGAAUUUCUACACUUCUUACUUAUGUUCCGGUUUCACUAGCUGCUGCUCAUCAGUCAGGAUCACUUACAUUACUUUCACUUGCUCUAUGGCUUGUUCACGAACUUAAAACACUACCUAAAGUAUAAAUAUUAGAUUAAGUUUAGUAUAAUUCGAGAUUAAAAUAAAUAAAGUAUUUAUAAAUGAUUAAAUAAUUGUUUUUAUAAAAUUAUUUAUCACUUAUCGGUUACAGUAUCUACAGUGUUUGUUUCAAAUACAAUUAUGUUUGUUCAUAGAAAUAUAAUUGUUUUAUGAUACUUGAUCUUUAAAAAAGAUACACAUAUAGUAUUUAAUAGUUUUUUUUAAAGAUUAAAAAUUUUUUGUGGAAAAACAAACAGAUAUACAGAACGUAUUUAUUGAAAAUUAGGAGAUGUGCAUGUUUGUAAUUGUAAACAUAGAUCCCAUAUUAUUAUUUCUUAAGAUUUGAUAAAAUUAAGUUGUUAGGUGAUAAAAAAGAUUWAAAAAAAAACUAUA